AUGAAAGAGGCUGAAAUAAGAAUAAACCUGAAAGGUCUAAUGAAAGCAUGCAAGUCCAUCAAAGUUACAGACGACCUUCUUGAAUAUAACAACUCAGCGCAGCAUUUAGCCGUGCUAUACAACAUGAUCAACACUGACUUCAUAGAAAUGGAAAGAGGCUCAGAAAGCGAUGAAGAAGGGCAAGAAAUCCUUGACUUGGCCAAGAACAGAAUCUACCAGUACUUUACACACAACCCAUACGGCGUGAAAAUCAUGCACGGUUUAUACAGGGCACUGAAGAGUAAAAAUCAAAAAGAAAUUAGAAAAAUGUCCUUCUGUCUAGCUAAUGAGCUUAUACAGCCGAACACGCUUAUAUACAGCGCAGAGCAUGGAAUAACAAGAAAGUCUGACAAGAACAAAGCACUUGAUAGGCUGGACCCAGAGGAUAACAGCCCUGACCUGUCUUCAAGAACGUGCAUAGUGCAGGUUGACAGCUCAAACCCCUCAAUCCUGGACGACUUAUACGAGUCCACCACAGAGAGCAUGGAGAGAGACUUGUUCGAGUAUUUUGCAAACCUUCUGAUUUCGAAGGGCAGAGAUGUGGCUAUUUUAAAGAAAUACCUGCCGCAGGAAGAACACUGUACUUUUGAAAAUCUGUACACUCUGCGCAGAGGCGAUUCUAUACUCCCGGUGAAUCGCGGGCUGACAACUAUCUACAAAAAAUACGAUGCAAUUAAAAAGCUAGUUGAAGAUGUCAAAGCACUGGAAGCCAGCCCCAAUAACAGGAAGCAGAUCCUCAAAAAAAUCGCCGAUGUAUUCUCCUCUAUGAGAGAGCUGGGCGUGGCUAUUUCCAUCAUCGAGAACAUAGAAAAAAUCAGAAACGAAAAAGCUGCAAACAAAGGCAUAUUUAACGCAAUAGAAUACAUGGCACAUAGCACCGACCUCUUGGGCAAGCAAAGCGAGCCAAAAGUGCUGAAGAUACAAAGCAAUCUAAGUGGCUUUUGCAGAGACUAUAUAACUGGCAGCGCAGGCUUAGAGAAAAGAGUGGGCGAAAAAAAAGACGAGCUGGCUGAACAAAUAAAAGCAAAAAAGGAAGCUCUGGAAGAAAAGAGAAUAGACCGAUAUCAGGCAAUAAGAGAAGGAAAGAGCGAAGAAGAGGUUGAAAGCUUACUUCUUUCUGCUAACAACCUGGAAAACGAAAUAUACGCACUGGAAUGCGAUUACAAAAAAGAGUCUCUACAGCUCCGCAACAUUGCAAAUCUAUGCUUUUUACGCCAGACAGAUCCAAUUCAGAAACAGUACCUACUUGAAAACAUAAAAGAAUUUGGAAAAACACUGGGCGUAAAAGUAGUAAUCGAUGGUGUAGAGGCAGUAGAUGAAAAGGAGAAAGAAGACGAAGAGGAGAAAGAAGAUACAGAAAAAGAGCCUAAAAAGUCCUCUUCGCCAAAAACAGCUUCAAAACUCCUAAAGGGCAUUGGAGCACUAGGCUUUGGUCUUUUUGUGCUAACAUCAGUUAUAUCCAUUAACCGUUAUAAUUCGAAGAAUAAGCCAGUGAAAGACGCUAGCUCUGAUGAUUUGUACCAUUUUGUGGACAGCAGCCAAUUGAACAAUGGAAAGCCCUGA